GUUUAUACGACCGCUCAUAACACAAAUUAUGAAAAACAGUUUUGAAAAAUUUAUAAUUUUCUUUAUUUGUGGUUAAUCAUCAAACUACGAUAAUAAUUCAUGAAAUGCGAAUUAGAGAUAGAAUUAUUACAUUGAUUGAUUACACUUUCCUCUGUGGGAACUAGUUUAUUCAUGGUGUAGCAACGAUAUAGCUUCAAAAUGGCGACUGGGGAUUGAAUGAAUUUGUUUUCUUCCAGUAUUUUGAUAUCGAACUUUAUUAAUAUUAAUGCCACACAAGACAUAUACGCUCCAAGAUGUCCAUGAUUGCAAAGAAUCGCACGAAGAGUUCUUGGACCCCGCUGAGCAACGGGGAGACAAAUAAUAAGAUAUUCGAAGAAAGAUUUUCAUUGUUGGGAAAGUGGUAUGAUAAGUGGUCAGAUGAACAAAGAAAGAGGAUAUUAGAAGACCUGAUGAACAGGUCCAAAAUAAAGCAACUAAAAUUUGUACAAGACAUUGUGAAUGAAAAAGUGCCUUGUAUACGAGAAGACUUUACCAGAGAACUACCCAAAAUUUUGUCCAUUUAUAUUUUCUCAUUUCUGGACCCUAGAAGUCUAAGUCGCUGUGCAAGGGUAAGCUGGUACUGGAAAGCCCUGUCAGAAACAGACUCACUGUGGAUGCCUAAAUGUUUUCGAUUUGGCUGGUUCCUUCCCUUUACUCCUAGUCCUUAUGAAAUUGGCGUGUGGAAAAGAAAUUACAUUGAAAACAUAAAGUACAUCCAUGUUCUAAGACCUCGGGACCCAACACUGAUGCUUGAAAAUCUGAGGCUGGAGACUGAAACAAAACGCACUAAGUCAGCCAGAACCAGUAAGGACAAACAGAAAACUGCUCCCUGGAGGGGGUCGGACCCAAAACCCAAGGACACAUGGCGAAACAAUGUCCUGGAGAAUGAUGAUUAUGUAGACAGUGUCAGAAAAAAGAGAGAAAGGGGGUAUUAUGGAUAUGAAGCAGACGAGAUGACCAAGAACGCCAAGAGCAAAGUUAAAGCAGGCACCAAUGUUUUAAAUCAAGCCCGGAAAUCGCAGUCAUUAUCGUUGCUAAGUUAUUCUGAGGAUGCUAUGGUUGGCCAGAGACCUCAGUGGGCUACAAUGGCCUCGCCGUACGUGUCAUUCGAAGCCAAAGUUGUGGAUAAAAACAAGCGCAACGCAAGUCCAGCUCGUAAUAACAUUAACGCUACACAUACCUUCUCACCGAUCAAAUCAGGGUCACGACCCGUCACAGCAAGAUCAGAGAGAGACCCACCUACUACCAGAUUGUUCCCAGAAAAACCAUGGAAAGUUCCCAAUGACCUGGAUUCGGAUGAAGACAUUUAAUCUUCUGUGCCAGCCAUUCCAUAGACAACAUGUAUAUCUUACACAACACAUUCUCAUUCAGCAUGCUUUACAGCUUGAAGACAGUGUAUAUAUAAAAUGACCCUUUGUUGUGUGUAUAAAGAAUUGAGGAAAUUUAGAGCACUGAAGGCAGUUUGUUAAAUUUCUCCUUCAAUAGACAAUGAAUAAUAGAUUAAUAGCAGGUCUGGGAUAAUAUGUAACAUUAGCCUAGUUGUAUGAUAGAUUUCAAAGAAUUUUUAUAUCAAGUUUUACAAUAUUUAUUGAUUGUAGUACUUUUUCUAAUAUUGUCCUUUUGUACAGCAUAGAUAAAAAUUUUAUUUGAUUUUAUCAAAAUAUUCCACUGUAACCGUCCAUUGAAUAAUUGUGUGGUUCAGAUAUGAUACACACACCCUGUAUAAACAUGUUACCCAGUGAAGUACUUCAUUAUUUGUUCAUAUUUAUUUAAAACAUGGUAUGAUUAUAUUUUGAAAAUCAAUCUGGUAUAUCUGCAGCGUGGUGAAUAGACAAAUGAAUAACAUGUGUUACAUGUAAUAUCACUCAUUAAUUAUGAGUAUUCAUUCCAUGUAAUUUUCAAACUAUCAUUCAGCUUCCGUGCUUGAUUUCUGUUUGCACGUAAUGUUUAGGAAGUGGUCUUCGUAACUUCAAUUUUCAAGUAAAGUCUUCUUGAUGUGACAGCCAAAUAACAGUAAUGACUGCUUCAUUUAAAACUGAUUGAUUAAACUGGUAUUAUGACAUGAUGAGAAAUUCAUAGUCUUAUAAAUCAUGCCUCUAGAAUUCAAGUUUUACUGAAGAAAGGCAUGAUGGGAUUAAUAUUAUACUCUUCUUAUAUAUGGAUUUAUGAGGACUCAAGUUUUGUUUUAGUUUUUUCCCCAUAAAGUCUUUUGAUAUAUUUACAAAGAUUGUAGAACAAUGCAUUUAAAUGUUUUUAGGAAAUGCAUCGCUUUUUACUAAAUGUAUGUGUAUGUGAUUUGUAACGUUGUGACAAUUUCACGAUAUUGUCUGAAAUACAAUUAUGUUUAAUAAAUAGUAAAGCCUC